AUGAUUCGAGUUGCUGCUCGUACGGGUGCUUGUUCAACUGCCGAAGCUCUAUCGGGUUCUAUCGAGACACCUGAACAACGCACGAAGAGGAUCUGGAAGAAUGCUGAUGCUGUCGCCUUUGACGUUGACUCAACUGUCUGUCAGGACGAGGCCAUCGAUGAACUAGCCAACUUUCUUGGUGUUGGUGAAGCCGUGGCCAAUGUAACUCGUCAGGCGAUGAAUGGAAGGACACGGUUCCGAGACGCUUUGAGGGCACGUUUGGAGGUGAUGCGGCCGUCAUACAACCAGUUGGAGAAGUAUGUGAAAGAAACGAAACCACGGCUGACUCCAGGAAUUCGGGAACUAGUCGAUGCGUUGCACAAACGAGGAACUGCAGUGUUUCUGGUUUCCGGAGGUUUUCGACGACUGAUUUUUCCGGUCGCAGAUAUGCUUGGAAUCGAUCGCAAACGGGUAUAUGCGAACGAGAUCCUUUUUGAUGUGAACAAGAACUACGCGGGUUUCGAUGAAAGCGAACUUACAAGCGACUCAGGAAGCAAAGACGUUGGGAAACCUGCCGUGAUGGGUUUGCUGAAGAAACAAGGAUACAAGCAGUUGGUUAUGGUUGGUGAUGGGGCUACUGAUCUUGAAGCGGCACCACCCGCCGAUGCUUUCAUAGGAUUCGGUGGAAAUCAGAUACGAGAAGCGGUAAGAUCGAAGGCUGAUUGGUACGUGACGGAUUUCGGGGUUCUGCGUGAAGCACUUGAGUAA